UCUACAAUAAUCCUCUCCAUCAUCAUAUCCAAAGCUUAAUCCCCUCCAAAUCAAUGGAGCAGAAGCAGCUGCACAUCCUGGUAGCCUGCUACCCUUCCCAAGGCCACAUAAACCCUAAUCUCCGCCUCGCCAAACUCCUCGCCCGCCAAACAAGGGCGCGCAUCACCUUCUCCACCGCCGUCAUCGCUCACCGCCGGAUGUUCCCCAACCACCAACAACCAACACUCCCCGGCGAUCUCUUCUCCUACAUCCCCUAUUCCAAUGGCUUCGACGACGGCUUCGACCCUCGGAAGCACGAGAGCAGAGACUACUUGUUCCGCACCAAACAACACGGCUCCCGAACCCUAGCCGCCAUUAUCGACGAACCAGCCCUAACCGGACAUCCCGUCACCUGCAUCAUCUACUCCUUCUUCAUGUCAUGGGUUGCGGACGUUUCCCUGGAUCGCAACAUCCCCUCCUUCCUCCACUGGAUCCUAUUUCCGGCCCUGCGACUCCUUCCUUCACCUACACGUACUAUAAAGCUUCCAGCUUUACAGCCAACGCCGGUGAUACCUCCGGUGUGCAGCAGCGAAGCAAAAACAGGGGUUGAAAAAGAGCGCUUUUUUUUUCUGAGAAGAAUAGAAGAUAAUGAAGCAGUCUCGCCACUUUUCUUCCUAGAACAGUGGAAGACAACAAACCAAUCAAGCCAUUUUUGGUUGAGUUUUGAGACAACUUCGUCUUUUGAGCUGCCCGAUGAUCCGUAUGGCGCGAUCCUCCACCGCAUUGGGGAAAUGUUUGAGACGCUGGAUAAGGAGAUUGCGAUCCGGGGAUCAAAGCCGCGAGUGAUCGCGAACACGGCGGAUGAAAUGGAAGCUCCGGCGUUUGAAUCCGUUGCGGAUAAGGUGAGUAUGGUUGGGAUUGGUCCUUUGCUGGAGGAUGCGGGGGAGGGGAGUUUGUUUAAGUUGGAUGAUGAGGAUGGGUAUAUGGAUUGGCUUGAUACGCAGGGGGAGAGAUCUGUGGUGUAUGUCUCCUUCGGGAGCAUAUCGGUGCUGAAAAAGGAGCAGGUGGAGGAGAUAUGG